AUGGAAAAACUAGUUCAGAAAAGAGAACGCUUGACAGAAGAUCUAGAAAAAACAGUUCAGGAUAUACAAAAAACAAAGUUUUCUUUAUCAGGAAAAGGUGAAAUUGAGAGACCUGCCGAAAGAGAAUUAUAUGAACUAUCACAAAAGAAACAGAUGUUAUUGGAAAAUUUGAAAGAAUUACAAGAAGCUCAAGCUUUGGCAGCUACCCAGCCUGGCAUUGUUGGUGAAGAAAAACGAAAGGAGCUAGCUGAGGAGAAAAAACGAUUAGCUGCAGAUCUAGAAGCAACUGUGCAUGAAUUGCAAAAAGUACAGCGUGCUUCAGAAAUACCCGAAACACUAAAAGGCAGGGAAAAGGAAUUGCAUGAACUGUUGGAGAAGAAGUACUUGCUACUAGAAAAUUUGGCAUCCAGUCGGAGAGAUCUAGAGCAAGCGCAAGCACUUGCUGCUGCCCAACCAGGCAGUGUCAGUGAUCAUAAAGUACAGAUGCUAACUGAGCAAAGAAGACGAUUGAGUGAAGAUCUAAAAGCAACUGUGCUUGAUAUACAGGAAAUACAACGCCAUGCUUCACAAAGAGCUCAAGUGAAAAGACCCAGUCGAGAAUUGUUUGAACUGUCUGAGAAGAAACAACUCUUGAUGGAAAGCUUGGAAUCCAAGCAGAAGGAACUACAAGAAGCUCAAGCUCUUGAAGCUUCCCAACCAGGCACUAUCAGUGAAGCUAAGCUGCAGGAGCUAUCUGAGCAAAAAAGGCGAUUGACUGUAGCUCUAGAAGCAACUGUGCAUGAUAUGCGAGAAAUACAGUGUCGUACUUCACAACCAGUUCUGCCUGAAAAGCCCACUGAAAAGGACUUCCAAAAACUAUCUGAAUGGAAGCAACUUUUACUGGAACACAUGGAAUCUAAUCUUAAAGAGCUAGAAGAAAGUCGAGCUCUUGCAGCUACUGAACCCAGCAGAAUCACUGAGAGAAAAAUACAGGAGUUAAAUGAGCAAAGAAAGAUUUUGACUGAGAACUUGGAGGCAGUUGUACAAGAUAUGCAAGAAAUGAAAGCUCAUCUUUCGGAGACGGGUGGAAUAAUAAAGCCCAUUGAAAAGGAUUUAAAUCAGCUUUCGCAGAAGAAACAGGCGUUUCUGGGACAUUUGAGAUCAAAUUUAGAUGAGCUGCAAGCAGCGCAGAAACGUGCAGCUACUCAUCCAGAUGAAAUCAAUAAGCAAAGGGUUCAAGAUCUCACUAAAGAGAGAAGGCUUUUAGCUGCAGCACUGGAAGCAAUUAUUCAAGAUUUAGAAGAGGAACAAGAGGUAGUUGGAAUAAGAGACAAAGAAGAAGUUUUGGAAGAACUAUCGGAAAAAAGGAGAGUGAUUUUGAAGAAUCUGGCAUCAAAUCUGAAGCAUCUGGACGAAGCAAAGGCUCUUGCUGCUGCCCAGCCAGAUGAUGUCAGUGAUCAAAAGGUAGAAGAACUCACUGAACAAAGGAGGCUUUUGGCUGUCGGGUUAGAUGCAAUUAUGCAAGAAAUAAAAGAUCUGGUUUUAGACACAGCAGAGGUAUUAAAACCCACAGGGAGAGAAUUAGAUUUGUUUGAAAAGAGACUAUUGUUUUUUGAAAAUCUGCAAUUAAGUGUGGAAGAGCUGAAAGAUUUGCAUGCCGCUGCAAGCGCUGAACCUGAUGGUAUGAGUGAACAGAAAAAGCAGGAAUUAGCAGAGAAGACAGAACUUUUGACUAAUAGUAUUGAAUCCAUGCUUCAAGAAAUGGAAGAAGCACAGACUUCUGAUGUAGACCAAAGUGCAAAGACAGGUCCAGACAGGAAAGAUUUUAAUGAUUUGAUAAUGCUUUCAAGUUUGGAAUCAAAACUGGAUGAACUAGAAGAAUCAGGAACUCUAUCAGCUACUCAAUUGGAUGGUAUAAGGAAAAAAGUGCGGUUUUUAAAAGGAGAAAAGAAAAGUUUGAUUGAUAAAUGGCAGACACCUGCUGUAGAACAUCCAGCAGCACGUGCAGAUGAUAAAAGCCAGAAAGAAAAAGUGGUAAAAGAAUUCAUUGAACAAAGAAAAGAUUUAUUUUCAUACCUUCAAUCAACUAUUAGAGACCUGCAAGAAAAAGGCAUAAUUCGAGAAAGAGAAAAAGAAAAAGGCAUAAUUCAAGAUAGCACUAUUCCUGACAAAGGUUUUCAAGACAUACCAAAAGAAAAAAUGGCAUUGGAUAAAUAUUUCAUGACAGUUCCAGAAGAUGUUCUGGAAAAAGAGGCUGCUGCUUUACUUGCUGAAUAUGGACAAGCAGAUGAGAAAACGGCAAAACAAAGGGCUUUGGCUGCAAAGCUAGAAGCAAACGUUAAAGACCUGAAAGCUGCUUACGAUAAGGAGAAAACGAGAAAAAAAAAUGUUGGUGAGUAA